AAAGCUUUCAUAGAUUUUUUAACCAUUGUUUCCUGCUGGGGUGCGAUAUCAUAAUGUUCAAAUUAAUCACUCCUGAGGAGCAUUUGUGAAUUUCCGUAGUACUAAAGUCACUGAAGUAGGUGACUCAAUUCCAUGUUUGAUUUCUUUAAAAUGCUGUCCAAGCUAUGGGAAAAAAUAGUGGGCACCUGGUAUCGGUUUUAUAAUUGGGUUUUUCCAUACUAGAAUGGGAAUUUUGCGAAGACUCAAUUAAAAGGAGUGUCCUCCGGUUCUUCUGUCACCCAUCAGACUGAGCUGACAUGAAUGCCAGCAUGCUGUCAUACAUACUCUUCUCUUGUCUGCUGCUCUCUGUGCAAGCAGAGUAUUGUGGUGUCCGGGAAAUUAUCCGCUAUACACAGCGCCUACUUGAUGAUAGUUCUGUGAGUUGCCCAUGUAGGCAGACAGCUACCAGUUCAUGUUCGUGUCUCCCCAUUCCUGAACGUGGCCACGAACUGGCAUGCUUUGUGGAUGGAACCAAACACCUGAUGGAAGACAACGCACCUUCCAACCCAAAACUGGCAAAUGGUGAUCAAUGUCAGUAUGAGACCAAGGGAAAUGUGAAGGAAUUUCUGGAAAAAAUCCUGACAACCUAUCAAGAAAUCGAUAAAUUCAAUGCUUAA